CAUAAUUUUCUGUUUUCAGAAUUUAUUGUAAAUAUUAUGUUAAUUGUUUAACAACAAAUAUUUUAUUUUAGCAAACACAUUCAAAUUAUAAUCGAAUUGUUUGCAGUUACAGUUACUAUGACCAGUUAUUGCAUGGUCCCCAUUUUAAACUAAAAUGAAGCAUCCAAAAAAGUGGGAGGUAUAUUAGCCUUAUUGGUUUUACAUUCUAAUUUCCAGGAAAUACAAUAUACAAAUCGCAAUACUAUAUGUUUAUAUUAUUGAGUAAGGAUAUUAAAAAAUUUGAGAGUACAUUGUAAAAAUGUCUGCUCACGUAAACGAAGUGAUGGAUACAUCGUCAACAAGUGCAAGUGCUCCAGAACAUUCAAACCAAGGACAGAAAAGUACCACAGCAAAUCCAGCCAACAAAACAGAUCAGUACGCUUCUCCUUUGAAUAAUUUGCAGAAAAUUCAACAGAAGAAACAGGCCGUUCUAGCAUUUCCAUACAAUAAGAAACUCUUGAAACUUGCCAUUUAUUCCAAAUGUCAGGGCGAAAAAUGUGAUUGUGUUGGUUGGAAAAAAAUUGACAGUACUUUACAAAAUCCUACCUUUACAGACCCAUGCAGAUGUGAACACAUACUGGAAAAUCACAUAUCCCAUUUGAAGGAUAAACCUGAGGACGAAUUGAACCGAUUAUUAGGAAUGGUAGUCGAUGUAGAUAAUUUGUACACAGCCAUGAAUUGGGAAGAAAAUCCUGAAACGAAAAAAGUGUACCUUUAUUUAUUUAAGCUGCUAAGAAAAUGUCUUUUAACUCUCGAUACGCCUGUAGUUGAGGGACCCCUAGGCCAACCUCCAUUUGAGAGACCUUCUAUACAUACAGGCAUCACAAACCUAUUGGUUUAUAAAUUUUCUCAUAUUGGCCAGAAAGAAUUGAAAACGAUGUAUGAAUUAUCAAAAAUAUUAAUUCAUUGCUUGAAUACAUGGGAUUUUCCAUCUCCUAGCAGUCAAAAACAUAUAGUUAGUCAAGAAGAAGCCACUAUUUAUAAAAUAGAAUAUACAAGGUGGUUGGUUUUCUGUCAUGUGCCAACAUUUUGCGAUUCGCUUCCACACUAUGACACAACCAUGGUGUUUGGAAGAACACUACUACGAGCAGUAUUCAAAUACAUCAGGAAACAAGUGAUGGACCAGUUUCAUAGGGAGAGAGACAGCAUGCCUCAAGAGAGAAGAUUGUUGUUACUAACAAAUUUUCCUCCGUUUUUGAAUCAAUUGGAUGAGGAAAUCUAUGCAGCCAGUUCUCCAAUAUGGGAUGUCGACUUCAAGGCUCAGUCGAUUCAGUUCCAGUCUCUCCUGGACACAGACAGAUUGAAAGCUGGUGCAGUUGCACCAAAAAAGGGAGAAUUUGAGAAAGUAACUGUAGGACAAAGUGAUAGGGAGGGUUUCACAACCAUUACUUUAAGUUCAGGUAAACCGGGUCGAAGUUCGGAGACACCCCUUCGGGAGACUAAAAGAAAGAAACUCGCCCAGGAUGAACAGUUUGAGGAUAUGCCGCAAGACACUGUUGCAGAAAUUAUUGCUACAAUUGAUGAUCCAAAUUAUAUGACUGGUCCAGAUAUGGUCUUUUUGGAGAAUGCUCCUCCAACCGACGAGACACCAAAACUAGAAGAAAAAUGCAAUAUUAUACAACUGCACGUAGUAGGAAAUAGUUUGACUGAACCUGUUACUAAACAGACAAUGCUGUGGCUCAUUGGGUUGCAAAAUGUCUUCUCGCACCAGUUACCAAGAAUGCCUAUAGAGUAUAUCACCCAACUGCUUUUCGAUCCGAAACAUAGAACAAUAGCUUUGAUUAAAGAGAAUCGUCCCAUAGGUGGAAUAUGUUUCAGACCAUUUCAGACGCAAGGCUUUACCGAAAUCGUAUUUUGUGCCCUUACUUCCAGAGAACAAGUUAAAGGUUACGGCACUCAUUUGAUGAACCACUUGAAGGAUUACCAUAUUUCCAAAGGCAUCCUGCAUUUCUUGACAUUUGCUGACCAAAACGCCAUAGGUUAUUUUGAGAGGCAAGGAUUCUCGAAGGACAUAAAAAUAAACAGAGCCAUCUAUCAGGGUUACAUCAAAGAUUACGAAGGGGCGACGUUAAUGCAUUGUGAACUAAACCCGAAAAUUAUAUAUACCGAGUUUACAAGCAUUGUGAGGAGACAGAAAAAGUUUGCAAAACAGCUGAUUUAUCAGCAGCAGAGAACUGUGUCGAAGGUGCAUCCUGGGCUUACGUUUUUCAAAGAAGGUGUAAGAAGUAUUCCUAUAGAAUCCAUCCCUGGUAUAGAGGAAACCGGAUGGAAACCAGCCUCCAGGACCACAAGAGGUCAACAGUUGGAGGAGUCUCAAGAUAUCGAUGUCUUAGCAGGGAUGCUGAAAAUAGUGUUAAAUGCUGUAAAAAAUCAUGACGAUUCCUGGCCUUUUAGAGAACCUGUCGAUAAAAAAGUCGUUAUUGACUAUUAUGACCAUAUCAAAUAUCCAAUGGAUUUGAAGACCAUGAUGGAGAGACUAAAAUCAAGAUACUACGUUUCGAGGAGGUUAUUCAUAGCAGAUAUGAUGAGGAUCUUUACGAAUUGCAAGAUGUACAACUUACCCGAAACCGAAUAUUAUAAAAGUGCGGAACACCUACAGCAGUAUUUUCAAACGAAGAUGAAAGAGUUGGGAUUAUGGGAUAAGUAAAAAGUAUAUUAUUUUAUUUAUAAUAUAAAUUAUAAACUAUUAAAUAAAAUCUUUAUAAAAUAAA